UAAUGCAUAGUUAGAUUAAGUGUAUAUGAAGCUUCAUGGAAACCCGUACGAGAGAGGACGGUCACUAGAUUGUACAAUCAAUAACUUAAUUAUAUACAUCAAUUAAUCUAAACCGUACGUUCUCAUUAAUUUUGUAAAAUCGAGAAUCUAAUCUUGUAAGAAAAACUGUAGGUUUGUUGCCAGAACAAACAUGGACCCAUGUUCUAUAUGUCCCUAAGAUGUGUUUCAAUCUUAAUUCACUUCUUUGUUGCACUAUAUUUUACAACUUUCAUUUUAUAUAUUUAAUCUCAUUGAGAUCUCCGUUGCCUCUGCUGCACUAGACAUUACAGCUCAUUGAUCCUUAUAAUUCAAAUUCUGUUUUUCUUUCUAAUUUUUUGUUAAAUUAAUUGUAUUUGGGUAUAAUACGCGUUGAAAUCAUCUAAACAGAUAAAUAUAAAUGAUAUUAUAUGAAUAUUAAUUUAAAGUUUUGUUCCUAAAGAUGCAUGUAAGCAUGUUCAAACAUCCAGAUGAAUGACUAACAUUUAAGCCAUUAUUGCUUUUAGAGCGUUCUUAUGUUGCCUUUGUUUAAGUUACAAUAUUUUUUCCAUGUAAACAGGUGUAUUUACUUAGAACAAUCAUUACCAUAAACUAAUGCGUUUUUGAAACAUAUAUAACAACAAAAAUUUUAAAAUCGUCAGUAUUAUUGCAUGUGGUUUCCUUUUCCUAUCACGUAUAUCUUGGGACAAAAAUAUUUCUAGUUGCGAUUAAGAAUUGAGAUCGAUGCACGUUGCCAAAGUGGGUAUUAAUUAUUAAACGCCACUAAAAACAACCUUUGAACAUAUAUAGUCUAAUUCCAUUUAGAGAUCAUAAGGAAAAGGAACAUUAACAAUGACAAUAGCUGAUUAAUCUCUCGACAAUGAGACAACCUGAUUUUUAAUAUAUCUGUGUAUAAGAUAAUACCAUAUUAUAUACGCAUGUUGAAUACUAUUACAACUUGACCAAAUUUGUUCUCUUCUCCGUCCUUAUAUUUAUAUCAAAAGAAAAGAUUCAUGGAACUGGACCAGCCUGUUUGAAUCUUAUCCUAUUCACAAAUCUCCCCAUAUAUAAAUAAAGACCCUUCACCAAAACCAUCAUCAACCACUUUGAAACUUCCUAAGCAAGAGAUUGAGAGAAACCCGAUUUUAUUUCUAAGAAAAUGGCUUUUUGGUCUGCUGAGAAUGCUACUAAAGCCUAUCUUAGUACAUUGAAAACGGAUCAAAGAUCAAAAGAACCGAACGUGGCUGAGUUCAUAUCAGCUCUAGCCGCCGGAAACAACGCAAGAAAGAUCGCCGUGGCUUGUGCCGGAGCAGCAAACACUGACAUACUCGUUGCCCUGAUCGCUGCCGCAAAUCAAACGCGUGGUCAAGUGGUAUGUGUUUUACGUGGCAUCGAAGAACUGAUCAUAUCCAAGAAAAUGUUGGAACCAUCAGAGAUUCAUCAUAUUCACUUCGUAGUGGGAGAAUCUAGCGACAACAAUUUAAUCAAUGAUCAUUUCGGUGAAGCUGAUUUCGUCCUCGUGGAUUGUAACCUUGAGAACCACCAAGAUAUCGUUACAAAGAUCGUUAAUCACCAUGAAGAAAACGCAAGAAGUGACGGUGGAAGCGGUGUGGCGGUUGUGGUAGGUUAUAACGCGUUUUCGAGAGGAUCUUGGAGGUUUAGCGAUGGGAGGAAAACACAAUUUUUACCUAUAGGUGGAGGGUUGCUUGUGACGAGGGUGAACGAUAAUGGUAAUUAUAAUCAGCAGAUGAUGAUGAACAAGAACAAUCACCAUCAUCGUCACCAUGACCGUGUAAGAAAGAGUCAUUGGGUGGUGAAAGUUGAUAAGUGUACAGGAGAGGAGCAUGUGUUUAGGGUUAGGGUUCCACGAGGAGAAGCCAUUAUUGAAGCUUAAUUUAAAGCUUAUACAUAUUAUUGGGCACGUUAGAGCAAAAGUCACCUCUGUGAUGGUUCAGACGAGUGAGAGUUAGUAAGAAGAAUAGUUAUUUGUAUAAGUAAUUAAAAGGAGUUUUGAUUGGUGUUGGAGUGUUUUGUUUGUAUGAAGUUUUAUUUAUUUAAGACUUUUUUUUCUUGGAAGUGUGAAUAUGAAGAGUCGUGUUUCGUUUUUAAUUUCUUUUGAAUUUUGGAAUUUGCUUUUGUCA